AUGGCGAGUCGUCCGCAGCUCGUCGAGGUGCGCGAUUUCGUCUACGCAACCAUGGAGAAGGCGCCUGAAGUCCCGCAACACCUGUCAGAAAUGCUCAGCACCGGAUCAGAACAUCUCAACGAAUUCUUUGUGCGAAGUUCGGACCAGAUCCGGGAGAUCGUGGCGGCGCGACCUGAAGUCGGCGGGCUGGUGGGAUCUUGCGUGAGCUCGUUCCGAUGCGUGUCGACAGCGGCGAUCAUCGGUGUGGUCCUGGCGGCCUUUGCAGCGUAUGUCGUGUAUCAGCUGUAUUUCCAUCCGUUGGCGAAGUACCCAGGCCCGCUUCUUGGACGCCUGACGCAGUGGUAUGAUGUCUACCAUGCGUAUGUUGGAGACAAGCACAUUUUGUUUUACCAUCUGCAUAAGAAGUAUGGAACGGUCGUCCGGUUUUCGCCCAACUCGCUUUCGAUCAACGAUCCGGCUGCUUUGAAGGUCAUCUAUGCUCAUGGAGCCAAUGUCCAGAAGUCGGUCUUCUACAAGUGUUUCCGCGCCGCACCGCAGGCUAUCAGCACUCUGCUGGCCACUGAGAAACACCACCAUGCUCGCAAGCGAAGAAUUAUGGGCCAGGCGUUCUCUGAGAAUGCCCUCCGCGGUUUCGAGCAAUACGUUCUUGGUCAUGUGCAGGAUAUGGUCGACCGCAUCGGCGUGGCCGUGAACCGUCCUGGUGCUGAGAAAUCCCGCUGGAGCGUUCCUCUCGACAUGGCGAACUGGUGCAAUUGGCUGGUCUUCGACAUCAUGGGCGACCUCGUCUUUGGCCGAUCCUUCGGUACGCUUGGUGAGAAGCCCGAGAACAGAGAGGGAAUUUACCUGCUCGGCCGCGCUGCGAGGAGGAACUAUGUCGUUGCUGCUAUGCCUGCUCUUCUGUACACUGGUCUGGAGAAGUGGCUACCCAUCCUUCGAGGACUGUUCCUCGACCGAUGCAAGUACCUCGCUUUUGGCAAGAAGCAGGUCAUGGAGCGGACCAAGGAUGCGGGUUUCGGUGCCGCUGGGUCGCCGUCGAUGGAGACUGGACGGAGGGAUAUCUUUUCUUUCUUGUUGCAUGCCAAGGAUCCGGAGUCUGGUGAGGGUAUGCCCAUGCCUGAGCUGUGGAUGGAGGGCAACACCCUCAUCGUCGCUGGGUCUGAUACCACUUCAACCACCCUCGCCGCCACUCUCUACUACCUCCUCCACAACCCCCACACCCUCGAAAAACUCACGCACGAAAUCCGCACCACCUUCCCCUCCCGCGGCUCCAUCCACAUGGGCCCGCAAAUGCAAUCCUGCACCUACCUGCGCGCCUGCAUCGACGAAACCAUGCGCAUGACGCCCGCGGUCGGCGGCGUGCUCCCGCGCGAAAUCUUCAAAGGCGGCCUCGCCAUCCCGGCCCUGGGUCUCAACCUCCCCGCGGGCAUCGACGUCGGCAUCCCCAUCUACGCCAUCCACCACCAUGCCGACUACGUCGUCGCCCCCUUCACCUUCGACCCGGACCGCUGGCUGUCCAAAGACCACCCGCAGGACCGGGACGCGCUCAACGCCGUUUACAACCCCUUCUCCAUCGGCCACCGCGCGUGUCUGGGCAAGCCGCUGGUGUAUAUGGAGCUGUGCAUCGCGGUCGCGAGGUUGUUGUGGGAGUAUGAUUUGCGGCUCAGUGGGGAUCAGAAGGUUAGUGGGUUUAUUCAGAGGGAGAUUGGCACCGGCAAGAGGCAGGAGGGCGAGUAUCAGUUGCAGGAUUGGUUUAUGAGCAGGAAUGAGGGGCCGCAUGCGGAGUUUAGGGCGAGGGAGGGGAUUUGA